CGGAGUAGAAGUUGUCGAACAACCGAGAGAUCAGCCCAGUUUGUUUGGCACCAGAGAACGAACGAAGUUGGCGCCACCCCAAUCGAAAUCCUCCCGUGUACUAGAAAUGCCAAAGAGAUCUUAUCCUUUCGGCGAUGAAGACUCGUAUGGACCUCAGCACAAGGUCCACGUGGGCGAAAAGCAGUUGGCGAAUGGCGUGUCCAGUCAAGAUAAAAUGAAAGCUGUUUAUGAUAAGACUUUAAGUUUGUUGUACCGUGGAGCCAAGAAUAUAAUGAACAACAAUGCGGAACCCAUGGACUUGACGCCAGCUAUCCAGAAAGAUACGCGAUCAAAUCUUCACCAAAUGGUUCUUACACCACAAGGAACAUUAGUCAAGCCUCAUCAUACAGUAGAUAUUGUAACUGGACGCUUGGAAGGGCCUAGUGUAUGCGUCAGCUGCAAAACUAUGAUAAAGUUUACCAGGCCUCCAUGCUCAUACUGCGAGUGCACUUUUUGUGAUAAGUGUGCCAGGUCAUGUCACCUCUGCAAGGGAGACUUUUGUACCAAUUGUUCUCUAACAAUAUACCUCCACGAGGAACGGGUCGUCUGUUUAAGUUGUUGUUAAGGUCUUAGUUAUUAGUGUAUGUAUGUAUUAAUAUUAAUGUAUGUAGUAUUUAUUAACUUGCAGUUAGUGUAUUGUCACGAAGUGUUCCAAAUACCUGGUUACUAAUCAUAGAAUUUAAAACUUACUUCACUACAGCCAGAUACCUGAACUUUCAUAAAAAAAAAAAAAAAAGACAGUACUCUAAAGCAACAGUGAUACCUUAAAAAACUUAUCAGCAAUGUGAAGUAUCAACAUUUAAUACACUAAAGUAUACCCAAGGGCAUCACUCAGUCAAGCAUUGAACAACUGUAACUGUCUCCUCGAUCAGUCACUUCAUCAGAAACUGAAGGAACAAAACUAAAUAUCAUUAUGCAAUAUUCACAAAGUUAUUCCUACCACUGAUGAUCAAUAAAUGAAACUAUACUAUAGUAAACCAUAAAUACAGAAGUUAUUAAUUCAAAAUUUAUAAUCAAAAGUCACAAAUUUACUUUGAAGAAAAAUUACCUACUAUUACACAUACAUACUUGGAAUUGCAAAACUUAAAGUUUGAACUUAGAUAAGAAACAAAAUUAAUUCACCAAAAUUAGGUAAGCAUCUUGAAAAAACUAAAGAGAACAUGGACACAAAAAAUGUAAAUGUGUCAACCACCAAAGUA